GCGACCUCCAUACAAUCAAACAAUUUUAGAAGGAUCUGUUUAAUUUGGGAAGAAAACAUGAAAUCCUCCUUCGCUUUCUUCGUUCUUUUCUCACUCUUUUCGCAGUUUGCUGACGUUAUCGGUGCUAGAAAAGACACUGGAGAGUAUUGGAGAGCUGUCAUGAAAGAUCAGCCCAUGCCAGAAGCAAUACAAGGCCUUAUUCGCGAAACCACAAUAUUGUCAUCAGUCUCCAAUGAGAAAGCCGAUUGCCACACAACCGAGUCCAAUGAAAAGAAUAAUUUUGUCAAGGAUUUUGGCCCCCAGCCUAGUGUUACAUCUUAUGACAAUGGUAUAAAACCAGCAAAAGAUAAGUCCUUCUCGAAAGAUUUCCGCCCAAACACUCAGUUGUUCCUUUACAAUGAUGGUGUCGUUAAAGGAGAGAGAUCAUUUGCUGAGGAUUUUGAGCCGAGGCCUAGUGUUACUGCUUAUAGCAACUAAUUAGCCAGACAAAGUUGCUUGUUGAUGUGCUCAUGGUCUCUUAAUUACGAUGGAGCAGAAGUGACUUUAGCUAAGCCCGCUAUGGUUUGUGACAUGCUUAAAUAAAGGUUUCCCUUAAUUAGGGGGGCUUAAUUAUAAGCGAGCUAGCGUGUGUUUAAUUAAGCAAUGUAAGAUGUUUUUUCUUCAUGUAAUAUUGCUAUAGGAAGUUUAUGAGAAUUUCCCCGUUUUAA